AGACUUCGCGGCCAUGUUGAAAUUUACACUGACAGUUACUCCUUAAGAAAUAUCUGAAGUCACAAAACAUUGCGAGAAAAUCGUUUGUGGAGUUUUUAUAGAAACGUAUUUUCAUUCUGCGUGGCGCCCACUCGAAAGUUUUCCGCAUCCCCAUGAGAUUCCUCGAUCCAGGAGAUGGAUCAGGAUGAAAGGCAGAGGAAAUUAGCCGCCGGACGAGCAAAGCUUGAUCACUUUAGACAGCGCCGGGCGAAAAGCGAAAGUUCGGGGACGCAGAAAAAGACACAGAAGAGGAAGGGCCAGACUGUCCAGACUAAUGACCGGUCAACGGAAGAGCGCCACCUAGAGGAGCCGAACACAGACAUUAAUCAUGGAGAUAUAGACAAGGGACACUUAGAGUCAUCACUGAGAGCCGAUGAUGCCGACUGCAGUAUUCCAGAGAUCCAUCAGUUCUGCAAAGAGACCAAUGAAACUGAUGGACAGGACCGCUGCUCCUCCGCUGGGUCCGAUCAGACGGAGGGUGAACUCGCUGAAAUGAUUGUAGUUGCACAAAGUGGCAAAGAACAACUGAAGCAGUUGCAGGCUGCGGUGGAGAAGCGGAAUGAGAUCAUCUCACAGCUGAGUAAGAACCUGCAGGUGGCACUGCAGAGCAGAGAUCAGGUGCAGCUGGAGGCGCAGGAGCUCACCGGUCAGAUUCAAGCGCUGCAACAACAGCUGCAGCAGACUAAAGAAUACCUGCGUAGUAAAAGUCAAGGAUCUGUGGAUCUGACACAAGCUGCUCAUCUGCAUCUACAGCUGGAGGUGUCACAACAGAUGACGAUGGAGCAACAGGGUCUCCUGACCCAAAAGGAGACUGAGAUUACAGACCUACAGCACAAGCUUGGUGUGAUGGAGAGAUCUCUGUUUCAGCUUCAACACGCCUUUACACACAGAGAUGCUGAAGUAACCCAUGACCAACACACUAGUUGGUUCCCAGAGAACAGUUUUGACUCGAACUCUGAUGCUUUGCUGAAACGGUUAAGAGCCGAGCUGGAGGACGAGCAUGCGAACACCCGACGAGCACAAGAACAAGCAGAUGCGUUUCAUAGGCGGAUACACAGUAUGGAGAAUGAGAAGAUGGAGUUGGAAGCGAAUCUGGCUGAGGUUCAGGUACAACUCAAGAUUGCUGAAACGCAAGCACGUGAAGCCCAGCAGUAUAAAACUGAGAAAGAUGAACUGAACCAGGAAAUGACCAAACUGAGCCAUCUUGUCACGGAACUUCAAAAUCGGCUUCAAGCAGAAGAGGAGUCGGAACGCAAAUACAAAGCUGAUAUUUCAAAUUACGAUCUCAGGCUUCGGGCGCUGGAGGAGGAGAGGGAGUUAAAUGUCGCUCAGCUUACUGAGAAACAAGAGACGGACCUCAAGCGUCUACAAGAGCAGCACGUUGAAGAAAUCAGACGCGUUCAAGAGCUUCUGGAUCAGGCACGACAGCGACAUGACGUUACUGUAGAAACAAACUGGAAUGAAGUCUCUGAAAAGCACUCCAGUGAAGAGGUGGCCAUCAGGAAAGAUUACAGUUAUGACCUUUCUGUGACUGGUUUUCACGACGUGCUCAUGGAGCGUUACCUGACCUCUGAAGAGCCUCAAGAAAGCUCACUGAUUGAAGGAAGUCUGCUAGAAAACUCUGACACGUCCCGAUUUGAGCUUGACAGUGAGGUCAUAUGUCACGCAUCGGAUCAUCCUAAUGAUGUCACGUGCAACGGUGACGAGUCAGAGCCGAGACCGUUUGAAGACGCUCCCCAACACGGGGAGAUGUCCUUCACCGAUGCCCGGUGGCAGGACUCAACCUCGGCUGCGGAAGAGCUGAACGACAGCACCUCUUCUGUAGACCUGGCUAAAGAGCUCCUGAUUCAUCAGUGCAGAGACCUCUCUGAACAACUAGAAGAGCGCGAACGACAGCUUGAGGUUCUUCAAGAGGAGGUGAAACAUUCUGCUGAGGAGGUGGAGGAGGCACGGGAGCGCUGGAGCAAAGCGUCGGAGGAGCUCGAGGAGGCCAAAUGGGAGCUGGAGAUGGAACGGGAGAAACGGAUCCAUGGUGAAGAGAUCAUCAGCCAGAAAGAGCAUGAAGAGGACAACCUGAAGAACAUGCUGAGCCACCUGCGUAUCCAACAGGACAAUGACACGAUCAUGACGGACGACACGGAUUCUGAUGAUGAGAACUGGUGUCAUUUAUCUGUGGAGGAGCUGCUGAAGGAGCUGAAGGAGGAGAAGCGCCGGCUGAUCGGACGGCUCAAACACCAGGAGGAGUUUGUGAAGAAUGAGCAGAAAGCAGCCGGUGACUCUGUGAGUAAUGAAGUUAAAGUUCUGCAAUCUCAGAGAGAUGAGUUGAUGUCUCAGCUGGAGCAACGGAUAGAAAAACAUCAGACCACGUCAGUGCUGCUCGGUCAGAAGACCCUGCGGUUAGAUCAGGCCAACGAGGACCUUCAGCGGCUCAAAACUCAAGUAGAGGAGAAGGUUGGAACACUGCAGGACUUGGAGAAAGACAAGACUGAUCUUGAGUCUAAACUCGCGUGCAUUACAGAGAACCUCUUGAAUGUGGAGGAGGAGAAAGCUGCUCUGGAGAGACGUCUCCAAACUUUGGAGAAGCAAACAAAGAGCAUGGAGAAGACUCUGGAGUCAGAACUGAAGGACUUUGAGCAUCAUCUUGAGGUUAAGGAUGCUGAGCUGAAGGCAAUUAAAGAAGCGCGAGAGAAGGCAGAAGAGGAGUACAUGGAAAAGGAGCGUGUUUUACAGGAAGACAUCGCCACAGUCAAUCAGAACCUAGAGGAAAGACAGAAUCAACACGAGGAAGAGCUGAAGAGUCUGGAAGAGAAACAUGGCACAGAGAUGGAAGAGUUGAUUUCACACUCUCAAAGGGAACUCUCUGAGCUGCGGGCUCACCUCGAGGAAGAGCAGAAGAAACAGAUCAGCGUGAUCAAACAGGUGCAUGAGAGAGAACGUGAGCGGGAGUUGAGCGAGCUGACAGAUCAACGGCGUGAGGAAAUGGAGAAACUCCGAGAUGAACUCUUCAGAGAGCUGCGGGAUGAGCUGGAGGCCGCACACCAGGCCGAGCUGCUCCAAACACAAAGUCAGCACAACCUGGAGCUUGAAGCGUCACGUCUGAGUUUGACAAACAUGCACGCAGCUCAGCUGGAACACGUUCAGGAUAACAUGCAGAAGGAGAAGGAGGCGUCUCUCAGCGAGCUGCAGACCAUGCUGCGGGAGAAAUGGGCUCAAGAGAGCGCCAUGCUGCAGACGCGACAGCAGUUUGAGCUGGAGAGACUCCGCGAACAGCGUCGAGAGCAGGAGGAACGAACCCAACGACUGCAUCAGCAAGACAUCGAUGAUCUGAAUCAGGAGUUGGAAAGCAGACUUCGGGAAGAGAGGAACUUAGUGGAACAGUUACAGGCCAGUAAACUGCAGGAUCAGUUGACGGAUGCUGACAAGGUCAGAACAGAACUGCAGGGUCAGUUAAAUGAUGCUCUUGAGAAACUGAACGAGACUCAGAUGUCACUGACGGAGACGCAGAGAAGACUAGAUGAACUCCAGUCUACCAGAGAAGACCACGUCAAGAGUUUAGAAAAGGAACUCAAGCAAGCCCUGGCUGACAGAGAUGCUGCUGCUCGUGCGGUUGAGGAGCUGGUUGCGUGUCACAAAGUGGCGUUACAAGAGCAACAGGAGCGUGCCCGAGCCCUAGCACAAAGAGAGAAAGAGCUGAAACAAGAGGUUGAGCGUCUUCAGUCAGAGAGAGAUGAAUUAAAGUCCUGUUCAGAGCAGGAGAUCUCAAACCUCUGGUCACAGUUGGACUGCAUGAGAACAAACAGACAAGAGCUCGGCGAGCUGAAGGAGCGGUUGCUGGAGCGUUCGGCGCGGGUUGAUGACAUGGAGCAGUUGAAGCAGGAGUUCGCUCGGCAGCGGCAGGAGAUUAAAGAACAGAAUGAGACGGAGCUGGAGAACCUCCGCACCUACUUUGAGCAGAGACUCCGAGCCGCUGAAGAGAGUCAUCGGGAGGAGAUCGCACUCCUGCAGCGCCGGCUCGUAGAGGAAGCCCUGGAGGAUUCUGUGCUGAAGACUGCUGAUGCAAGUCUUCUCUCUGAUGAGAAUGGUGACGAGAGGAGUGAUGCUAUGGCAGAAAUCACACGGCAGCUGGAGAAACACAAGGAGGAGCUGGAUUCUCUGCGUCUUCGGUUAGAGGACAGACAUCAGCAGGAAGUACAGCAGCUCAGGUCCAGUAUGGCUCUGGCGUAUAAAGAAGACUUACUGCAGGCUCGCACUGAGCUCACGGAUCGAUACUACAAAGACAUCGACCAGCUCAACACUAAACAUGCUCAUGACCUGGAACAGCUCCGCGCUAAACUCUCGGACAACCAUAUCAAAGAAAUAACUAAGUUACGGCUGCAGUCGGCUCAGGAGGUGGCGAGACAGGUGGAGGCUGAGGUGAAGGAGAGGACCCAGCAGCUUCAGGACACACUGACCGGUCUGGAGAACCAGCUGUCCCAGCUCUCUCUAAAGCACUCUGAGGAUGUGGAGAGAGCGACUGAACGACACAGACAGAUGGAGACGACACAUCAGAAAGACCUCGAGGAGGCGCAGAAGACUGAGAGGAGUCUUGUGACAGAGGAGAUGAGUUCUCAGAAAGAGGAGCUUCAGAGAGCUGCCGUGGAGGAGAGAGCAGAGCUGGAGAAGAAGCUGGAAGACGUACAGAAGCUCCUGGUUGAUGAAGGAGAGAGACUUCACACGCUGCAGAAGAGUCUGGAGCGUGAGGAAAAUCCUCAGCUGAUGGCCGUGAAACAGAAACUUCAGGCCCAGCACGACCGAGAGAUGAACACGGCGAAGACGGCCAUGGCGGCCGAGGUGAAAGAGUUGAACGCUCUGCUACAGGACCAGAUGGAGAGCAAGCUACAGGACGCCCUCUGCAGGCACAAAGAAGAACAGAAGCAGCUGGAAGAGAGGUUAACUCAUGAGAGAGAUGCUCUGCUGGAUCAACAGAAAGAACAGCACCAUGUUGAGUUCCAGGCCCUGAAGGUUCUUUUGGACGAGCGUGCUGCUCAAUUACAGCGUCUUAAAGAGGAGUGUCAAGAACUGAAAACACAGCACCAGCAGGAACGCCAGUCCCUGAGGACCAAUCACAAAACAGCCCUGGAGACCCUGGAGAUGGAGCUCGUGAAAAAACACACGGCAGAGCUCGACAAACUGGAAGCUGUGUUUCAAGAGACCAAUCUGGCACAGCUCGAAGCACAGGAGGCGGAGCUUCAGGCACGACACAAACAAGAGAGGGAGGAGCUGGAGGAGAGAUUGUUGUCAAACAUGGAUACUCUAGAGAGCACGUACCUGGAAGAGAUCCAGACCGUACGGGAUGAGAAGGAAAGAGGACUGCGUGAACUUCAGGCCGUCCUGGAACACCGAUUUACCGGCGAGAUUGAGAAGGUGAGGAGGGAGGAGCAAAGCGUCAGGGAGGCGCUCCGAGGCGAGCUAGCAAAGGUCCAUAUGGACAAGUUCACAGCCAUGGCGAUGGAGCUACGUCAGGCUCAUCAGGAGGAGAUGUCUGAAGCGCUCUCGUCUCGGAGGACGGCUCUAGAGAGCGAGCAUCACACGGCUCUUGAUGCUCUUCAGCAGCAGGUGGUUGCUCUUGAGAAACAGCAUAGCGCCGCCCUGCUGGACAUCACGGAUAUCACCACUGCAGAAAAACUGCAGCUGAAGCAGAAGAUGGAUGAGCUGAGUGUUCAGCAUCAGCAACAGCUACAGGAGUUAAGGGGAGUGACCGCCAGAGAACUGGAAGCUCUGCGUAGGGAAUUGGAGGAAGAGGCGUCAAGGCAACGGCUUCACUCCCUGGAGGAGGCGGAGCUUCUUAAGUGUCAGUCUGAAGCGCAGCUACAGCAGAAAGCAGCAGAGUUAAAGGAGGGGGCUGACCGGGAGAAGACUGUUGCUCUUGAGGAGCUGGACAAAACCUUGAGACAACAGCACAAACAGACUGAUCUCGCCUAUAGAGAGAAGAUGAGCCAACUCACAGAACAACUACAACAUCUGGACACUGUUGUGUCACAGUUGCGUGCGGAGGUCAGCGGCCUGCAGGUGGAGCUGGAGGGCAAACGGGCAGAGAUGGACACGCUGGAGACGCUUCUGCAGCGCAGAGGCCGCGAGAACCAGGAGGGAGAUAAUCUACUGGCCAUGCUUCGAGCAGAUCUCAACACCGCCACGCAGCAGAGACAAGACGCGCAGACAGCUCGUGACAAACUGCAGAAGAUUCUGGUGGAGAUGCUUCGAGUUACUUGCGCGACAGAGGAGCACGUCAACCGCAAGUUAGGGACCUGUGGAUCAGGUGCUCGCUCGGGAGAGGAAACGCACAACGCUAGGACGACCAAAACUAGCUGCAAAUCACAUGAAGCCGAAGUGUCUGGUGUGGAAGGAGAUGCUGACUGCAGCGUGUGGUCUUCAGCGGUGGAUGAAGGUCUGGAGUUAUCUCAGAGGCUCUGUGAGAGCGUGUUCUCCGGGCCGGAUGCAGAAGGAGAGGAGCUGAUGAUGGGAGCAUGUACACGAGUGCGUGCCGCCGUGGAUCAACUCCUGGAGCUGCUCUCCGAGUCCUCACAGCAGUUGGAGCAGAUGUGUGAUCUUCAGGCAGAGCUGGGCGAGCGUUUCAGAGACGGAGGUGAGGUCAAAGCAUCUCUACUCCUGCAGAACGCUCAGCUCCUCGAGCAGCUGGAUCACGAGGCCAGCGUCAAGAGUCAACUCCAGCUCGAGCUACACAAGGCUGAGGGUCAGCUCACCUUCAGAUGUCCAUCUGAAAAUACACCCGUUUUAAAUCUUGUUUCUGAUGUGUGUGUUUGCGCAGGUCUGACGGAAGGUUAUGUAGCAGAGAAGGCGGCUCUGGAGGAGGCUCUGCAGCAGAAGGAGACGCAGGAGCAGCGUCUGGCGGAGGAGCUGGAGGUCACACGGGGUCAGCUGCAGGAGCUCAGUGAGAAUCACACACUCCUCCGGCGACAGAUAGAAGCCCUCACCGCCGGCCUCGGUGACACUGAGAAGGGCUUCCUCGGUGUCGAGGGAGAGACAGCUCUGCUGGCGGAGGCCGAGCGUCUGGGGCAGGAGCGUGUGGAGGUGCAGCGUCAGGCGGAGAAAGACUGCGGUGGGAUGGCGUCCCGGCUCAGGGUGCUGGAGCAGGCGCUGGAGGAACAGGACAGUCGCGCUCAUCAGCUGGAGGAACAACAUCGCUUACAGACAGAAGACCUUCAGCAGCACAUCCACGCUCUGGAGAAACAGCUGAAACAUCACCGACAGUUCAUAGAUGAACAAGCGGUCGAACGGGAACAUGAGAGGGAUGAAUUCCAGCAGGAGAUCAAGAAUCUGGAGGCUCAGUUGAGACAGACGUCUAGAGGACACGCUGGAGGAGACAGCCGGGGUCAACGGAUUGAGGACUUGGUUCUUCAGGUGGAGAGUCUUCAGGCUCUGAUCAAAGAUAAGAUUGAAGACUACAGCGUUCUUCUAGCAGCCAAAGAGCAGUGUCAGCUCGAUGUGGAGGAGCGAAACGAGGAGAUCGAGAAACUAGCGUCUCGUAUCCGUGAGCUGGAGCAGGCGCUGUUGAGCAGUGCUGAGGCCGGCCGGACCGUCACACAGCUCGAACAAGACCUCCAGAGAGCACGCAAGAACAUCCAGGAGCUCACACAGGAUAAAGAAGCGUUGCAGCAGCAGCAGUACGCCACUAAACUCCAGAUCUCAGCCCUGCAGUCCAAACUAGACGAGACCAGACACCGUUUCCCAGACUUGACCCCUGACCCCAACCUCAGAGAACAGCUGGAAGCCACUCAACAACAACUGCACACCAAAGAGCAACAGCUGGAGUUGCUGUCUGAGCGUGUGGCCGAGCUGGAGAAAGACAUAGAUGUGAGAGAUGAAGAGAUCAGACAGCUCACACUACAACUGGAGCUCAGGAGCCGAGAGAGCAGAGCUACAGAAGAGCAACUCCACACUCGCAUCACACAACUACAGGAGACUGUUGAAGCUCUGACCAGACGUCUGGAGCAGCGCAGCGAUGACUCUGACCUUCAGCUGCCUUCUGCUCUUCUGGAGGAGAAGAAUCUAGAGAUCGAUCAUUUAAACCAGCAGAUCCGCCAGUUACAGCAGGAGCUCCACUUGACCACCGAUAACAAGACUCUAGAGGAAAAGCAGGCUGAGAUGGAAGAGCUGCGCUGUCUGGUGGAAAGUCUUCGCUGUGACCAGGAGCGUGUGCGACAGGCGAAGGAAGAGGAGGCGGAGCAACUCCACGAGGUCAUCACCAAGCUUCAAGAGGAGUUAAGCCAGCUCGACCCCAACCACCACGAGGUCAGUGACCCCAACACCGACAGCCCCGAGUCCUCGGACUUCCCCUGGUCCCCUCGUCCUCACCAGCAGAGAGCGCCGGAGGAGAGCCUGCGUCAGGAGCUCAACACCCACACCCUGCAGACAUCUCGUGCUCGCUCGCAGGAGUUACAGAUGGAGCUGGAGCGCUCAGCCGGAGAGAGAGAAGCUCUUCAGAAACUGCUGCUCGCUCAGGAGGAACAGUACGCGAGUCAGGUGGAGGCGCUCGGACGCCGUCUCGCAGAGGAGAGGGCGAAGGUGGCUGCGCUAGAACGGGAGGUGGAAGACCUGAAAGAGAAGCUGGAGGAGAGCCGGGCGGACGUCGAGAGGUUGAGCGACUCUGUGAGAGAGCUGGAGGAGAGAGAGCAGCGUCUGAGAGAAUCUGAGCUCCGGUUGAGAAGGGCGGAGGAGAAACGAGAGGAGGAGGUGCAGAGAGAGAGAGCGGAGAAGGAGCGGCUGGAACAGCAGGUCUCGACGUUACAGGACAAAGACGAGGAGCUUCAGAAUGAACUCGCUGCAGCACGCUUCAGACUGGAAGAACUUGAGGAGCAAGUCCAAACUGCCAGAGAUGAUGUCGUCGCUUUAGAGGAAGAGACGCAAGAAGUGUGCAUGGAAAGAGAGCGUCUGCAGGAGGAAGUUGAGCGUAUGAAACAGGAAGUGAUGUCAAAGGCAAACUACAUAACACGACUGCAUGAGCAGCAGGAGGAGACUGCAGCAGAACAAGAAGAAGCUCAGAAAGAAGUGCUGACAUGUGCUGAAGAGACUCUUGCCAAGGCCGAGGCCGCUCUGCGUGACCGAGAACAACAGCUGAUCCACCUGAGGGCGGAGCAUGAUGCUCUGAGGGCGGAGCUAGCUGCGGUUAAAGAGGGGCUUUGCACCAGCACAGAGAGGGCGGAGAAGCUACAGGAGGAGGGACAGACGAAAGAUCGGGCGCUGGCUGACCUGGAGGUCCAUAACCAGCAUCUGAAGGCGGAGCUGCGGAGUCUUCAGGACGAUCUGGCCGUGCAGGAGGAAGAGUUGGUGUAUCAGCAGAGAGAGCUGGAGCAGCUCCGACAGCGCUGCAGUUUACAAGAUCACCGUCCCAAACACAAGCAGCACUUCAUCGACGCCCUGUCCCACGACCCGUCUCUCUCCGCCUCCCUCUCUUCUCCAGAGCUGCUGAGGAGGCUGGAACGCAGUGAAGAGCGUCCCUCUCGUCUGCACGCGUCCCACCUGUCGGAGCUCAGCGCGCUGCACGACGCCAGCCUGGAGCUCCACGGCAAACCAUCACCGAUGGACAGAGAGAGACCUCACGCCAGACAAACAUUCAUACAAGCUGAAGAGACGGAUCAACCCAGCACACACUCUCUGUCACCCUGCUCGCUCACCGUGUCUGAACAUCUGUCUGUCCUCGACUCGCUGGAGGCAGAGAAGCUUGAUGAUUUGGAGAAUUUGGACAGCGCUCCCUCUCAGUCUGCAGUCGGCUCCACGUCUCCCGUGUCUGUGCCGGAGUGGGUCAGCGACGGAUACGGCAGCAACGUGAGCUCCGAGUUGGAGGCCAUGCUGAAGCAGGAGUUGGAGCAUACGGAGCGUUUGGAUGCUCAUUUUGUGGAGUAUCUGCGCUGCAGAGGGAUGUCACCUACAGACAACACUGACAGCGCCGCGGGCAGCAUGCACGAGAGCCACGAGCGACUCGCACCUGAGCUGCAGGCCAUGUUAAAGCGUGUCUACCAGGAGAGCUGCAGGAUCUUGUCGUUGUCACAUCGCCCCACCCCAUCUGGCCAGUCCCGCCCUGAUUCUGAACCUGCCCCGCCCCCCUCCUGGCAGAGGGAGAGACGAGCCUUACAGGAGACCAUCCUGUCACUCAGAGAGCUGCUGUGCCGGAUGGCUGACCGGGAACCCAGGACUGACGGUGGGGAUGUGGACUGGAAGCGUGAGCUGUUACAGGCGGUCCGUAGUGUCUUCGACAGCGAGCGGGAGUGGCUUCACUCGCAGCUUCAGGCCGUCAUGGCAACCAGUACUCAGACAGACCACACCCCUCUGCUGGACCAGUUACAGAAUCACUUUCACCAACAGGAGGAGCAGCAGAGAAGGUCUCUGGAGCAGCUCUUCAAAGCUGACCGCCACAGUCUGUUGGCCGAGGUGCGCAGCCUGCAUGCGCAGCUGCACGAGAGCACACAGCAGAGCGGAGAGCAGCUGCGACAGAUGCAGGAUUCACUGCACACGGCGAAAGAACAGGAAACGCAAAAGCAACGGCAGUUGCAUAGAGACCUUGAAGAGCUGGAGUCACAGCUGAAGCAGGGACAGAUGCUGUCACAUGACCUGCGGUCCUCACUGGAAGCUGAGAAGAGUCGAGCGGUGGAGCAGCAGAGGCGGCUGGAGGUGGAGCUGAAGGUGAUGUCAGAGAUGAAGGCGGAGCUAGAGGAGACCAGGCAGCAGCUUCAGUCAGCAUCUGUAAAUCAAGAGGAAUUAAAGAGCCAGAUGAACAAACUCGGGGUGAAACUGGAAAGUGUGGAGGCUGAACGUCAGCUCUGUGUGACGGCUGUAGAGAAAGAGCAGACCAGAGCUCAGGAACUACUGGAGGAACUUCAGCAACAGAGACUCGACAACCAACAGACAACUGAACAAAACCAACACACACACGAGUGUUUGCGUGUGGCUUUGAGCGAGAAAGCAUCACAGCUCAGUCAUCUGACGUCUGUUCUGGAGCAGGAGCGUGUCACCGUCAGUAACCUGCGCUCAGAGCUUCAGAUCGAGCAGUCCCGAUGUGAAGCCCUGCUGGCUCAGGAGCGAGAACGCACCGAACUCGCCAUCUCCCGCCUGGAGGAGGAGCGCUCCCGUUCAGCCGAGCUCUCCGCUUCGCUCUCCCGUCAAGCCCAGGAACACACGCGGCGUUUGGAGGAGGAAGCUCGCAGACAAGAAGCAGCCAGCGCCCACGACAGGAAGUUCAUUCAGGAGCUUCGCAUGCAGCUGGAACAGGAGAGGCGUCAAGGCGAGGACCUGGCGGCCAUGUUGGAACGCAUGCAGGGACAGGUCCUGGGGGAGAAGCGCAGACGGGCGGAGAAAGCGGAGCAGGAGACGCGACAGGAGCAGGAAGAAGUAAAGACACUCCGAGCCGCUCUGGAUGGCCUACAGGCUCAGAAGACUGAGGUGGUGCGGACACUGGAGACAGAGCGAGAGAGAGCCGGACGGUUACAAACUGAGAUAGAAGGGAUGAAAGAGAAGAUGAGAGAGGUGAAAGAGAAGGAGAGAGUGAGAGAGGAGCAGGUGGAGAGACAGAAGAGGCAAGAGAGACAAGAGCAGGUGGAGAAAGAGCGACGACAUGAACACACCAAUGAGAAACUGUUACAGCUGGAGCUGGUACGUCAGAAAGAUCAGCAGAGGUUAAAACAACUCCAACAGACACUCACUGACCUGGAGAAAGAAGAGAAACAGCUGACGUCAGAACGCCAGCAGAGAAACACAAACGACACACAGGACUCGAGCUCAUCUCUCAUUGAGCGACUGCUGAAGGAGAACUCUGAGUUCUGUGAAUGUCUCGCUGCUCUGAGCGAGGAGAAGAUCUCUCUCAAACACACCAUCUGCUGUCUGGAGAAUGAGCUGCAGAGCUUGAAACAUCAGGAGCAGGUGAAGUCUUCAGCGGUCUCAGAGCAGUGCGUGUUACCUGAGAAACUGACCUGGCAGAAAGAGAAAGCAGCUCUUCAGGCUUCGUUACGAAAAGCAGAAGCAGAACUCUCGAAGCUGACAGCAGGCAAUGAAAACAGACCCAUCUAUGAACUCUCCAACAGCAAGGUGCAGCGGCUGUAUGAGCGAUACCUGCGAGCGGAGAGUUACAGGAAGUCUCUGGUGUAUCAGAAGCGUUAUCUGCUGCUGCUGCUGGGAGGAUUUCAGGAGUGUGAGCAGGCUACGCUCGCGUUGAUCGCUCGUAUGGGCGCACAGCCGACACUGAGCCAAUCACAGGCCUCCAGACCGCUGAACCGCUUCAGAACAUCUGUCAGAGUCGUCAUCGCUGUCUCGAGACUGAAGUUUCUCACUAGGAAAUGGCAAAAGGCUACAAGGAGAAUCUCAGCAGGUACUGGCACAGUUCAUGGACACGGAGCUGGACCGAGCACAGUUGCUGCCGUAAGGACUGAAGUGCUGAAACCACAGCAGACCGGAGCUGCGUUUAACUCUCCACCCACCCGUGAGCAUGCUUUAACCCAACGGGGUGUGACCUCAUCGCUGGUUCCACCAAUCAAAUCACCCUUCAGACAGAAUAACAGAAUGUACACAGGCACAGUGUCGGGACCGUCCGACCGCUCCUUCAGCUCCUCCCAGGAUCAGGAGCGCUCUCUGAAGGAGUAUAUCCAACAUCUGGAGAACGUACAGCAGCGUCUGGGAGCGGCGUGUCCAGGUUCAUCAUCAACGCUUCCUUAUGCCAGAAAAUCUGACCGAUGAAUGAAGAAAUCAUAAUCACCAGUGCCGCUUCCAUUUGUUUUAACUUGCUAAAUUAUUUGAAGUCUUUUGUUGUCAUGCUUGGUCUUUUCAGAUGAGGAAACUGAAAUAUCACUGAACACCUAAAUGUUGUUUUUUGCAACAAACAUUUUUUUAUACAUUUGUUUUAUUCUGAAUGUAAAUGUUCACGUUUUGUAUUUUUUUUACAUAUGUUAUCCAGUAUACAUUUAAAGACAUUUGCACUUGAUUUGUGAUUUAUUAUGUCACUGUUUAAAUGCACACUGUUGGACAUGUUUUGUAAAGUUUUAUAUACAUGAACAGUAUUUCUGUAGAAGUCAAUAAAU